CGUUUCAGGAUGUGUUGGCAUGCAUGGUGCACUGUAGUGACGCAGCACAGGGCGGAGAGAAUGACAAUGGCCAUGUCUGUUGCGCAUUACGAGUUAGCCGUAGAAAGACGAGCUUUCCAAAGCUGGAAGGUAUGGAUAGAGCACAAGGAAGUCUGUCAGAAAGCAGCGGCGCAUCUUGUAUGGAUUGUCACAAGACAGCUGUACAGAAGAUGCUUUGACAUUCUCCUGUUCAACGCAAAGGCGCAAAGAGAAAAGCACCUUACUGCCGCAUGUUACUGCCAGCUCACCAAGCAGGCUCGCUGCUUCGUGGAAUGGCAUGACUACAUGGAAGCGCGCAGAAGUCUGCGUGAGGCGGUUGCGAAGGCCGUCCAAUAUUGCAAAAGACGCAAAAUGCAGAUGGCAUUGGAUGCCUGGAAGAAUUUCUGCAAAAGUAGGGCGGCAAAACAGCUGGCCGAUUCCAUGGCCAUCACGAUGCUAAAGAGACGGUCCCUUGCAGCAAUGAAGCGGCUAUUGACAUGGAGAAUGGAGAAGGCAUCUGCAACUGGUCCACCACCAUUGGACAAGAUGGACAAGGAAGUGGAGAGGACGAAUGGGGCAAGGCUAGGCGAGGAACAAGGGCAGAUCAAACAUAAGAAAAGUGGGUCAAGGGCAAGGGUGGCUGUGGCGGGGGUGUGUGUAGAGCAAGGUGGCAAGGUUGUAGCAGGGUUUAAGCAAGGGUUCAGGGUUUAUGUUGUACUUGAGCGUGGUUCCGUAUUUGAAGAGUUGUUUCCAGAAUUAGGAGAGAAAGCGGGGGKGACGAUCACUGAUGAUAUUCUCGGGGAGGCCGUGGUGUCUGGCGACAUGGUCGAAGAAGAGAAUGGCAAUGUCUUUGGCGUUGUGCGAGGUGGUACAUGGGAUGAAGUGAGCACGUUUGGUCAGGCGGCAAUCAAUGACGUAGAUGCAGUCAUGCCCGCGGUCGGCUUUGACAUCAGCAAGGAGGGAAGGCCAAUGGAAAUAACGGAAGAUGGUAUCAAAGGUUUUCUGGAAACCAAGGUGGCCAGUGGUCUUGGCGUCGUGGUGCUCGGCCAAGAGCUGGGUUUGGAGGCCACGGGCGUCAGGGAUGCAGAGUCGGCGGGAGCCUUUGGUUUCAAUAUAGAGAAGGUUGUCGUGGAGGGCAUAGCCGGAGACGGGGUCGAGGUCACGGAGUUCGUUGUAGAUGGUGGAGAAGUCGGGGCAAGAGAGGUAUCAUUGGGUGUAGCGAUGGUGGAGCGAUGGCAGGGGCUGGAUGUGGGUCAUGGUGGCGUAGACUUUCUCAAGGGGCUUGUGGUUGGGGCGGCGGGAAAGGGCAUCGGCAACACGGUUGCUUUUGCCGGGGGUGAGGCAAAUGGUGAAGGUAAAUUGGGCAAGGAAGUCGAGCCAGCGGGCUUGGCGAGGGGUGAUGCCUUUCUUGAAUUUCUGGUCGCGGAGAAUGGCGCGGAGACGAUCAAGGUGGGACUCGAAGGUGGGGCUAAAAACAAGGAUGUCGUCGAGGUAGAUCAUGACACAGACUUCGAGGAGGUCGCGGAAGAUGUGGUUCAUGGUGGAUUGGAAUGUGGCGGGGGCGUUGGUGAGACCGAAAGGCAUUACGAGAAACUCGUAGUGCCCGAAGCGAGAGCGGAAGGCGGUUUUGUGGGUGUCCUCCUCGCGGAUGCGGAUCUGGUGGAAGCCACUGCAGAGGUCGAUCUUGGUGAAGUAUUUGGCUCCACGGAGGCGGUCAAGAAGUUCGGAUAUCCGGGGAAGCGGAUACUUGUUCUUGAUCGUGAUCCGGUUCAAGGCGCGGUAGUCCGUGCACAUGCGGAGUUCCGAGGUGCCGUUCUUCUUGACGAAGAGACAACUGGUACCGAAGGGGGAGGAGCUAGGCUUAAUGAAUCCUUUUUCAAGGAGUUCAUUAAGCUGGCGCUUCAUUUCUUCGGCCUCGGGGACGGAGAGCUGGUAUGGGGUGCGGCAAGGGGGGGAGUGGCCGGGCUUGAGAUCAAUGGUGUGGGAAACACCUCGCUGGCGGCAACGGAAACAACCGCUGUUGGCCUGGAGGAAGGCGCGUUCGGCGGGGGUGAGCUUUUUGAGACGAGGGGGUUGGGGGGAGGAGGAAGGCUGGGAGGCCAGGCGUUGCCGUUCCAUCCUCAUGAGAUGGACAACCUGGAAGUCUUCCUCGCGGAGGUGAGGAAGGCGAUCAUGGUGGAGAAGGCGGGUAAGGAGAUCGGUGACAGGGAUCUCGGGCUCAUGGGCGAGGGUUGCGGCGAGGUGGGGGAAGCAUACCCGCUUGAUGCGGGAGAUGAAGACGUAGUCGGAUAUGAGAGUCGGCGGGAUGUGGAGGCGGAGGGAGCGAACGUAAUGGAUGAAUCGCUUGGUGGGGCCGGUUUGGCAGAGGUUGCAAAAUUGAUCGAUGUAGUCAUCGAUGGUCUUUUGCGGACGGAAGGUGGCGAUGAGAAGGUCGGCCCAUUGAAGGAAGGUGAUGCGGGGAAGGUCGUUGGCUCGACGGUUGUUGGCUUCGGGGGCAAGGGAGGAGGGGAGUGGGGAAGGAGAAAUGGGGGGGAAGGAGGGGGUUUCGAGGGAGGAGUGAAGGGGGGUGAGGAGGUGAUGGGGCGAGGGAGGAAGGAGGGGGGCGGUGGAGGAGGGGACGGGGGGGUACGCACAAACAUGAACCUGCUUGUUCCAGAGAAGGCCGGUGCGUUCUCGGAUUUCUGGACGAAGAGGAGGUGCCUAGACCAUUGGACAAGGUUUCUUGGUGUGCAGAAGGAAAGGCGAAAAGAGAAAGCAAAAAUUAUGCAAGUGGUCACAGCAUGGAGACACAAGCGCUUGCAGAGGACAGCCUUUUCACAAUGGAAAACUUAUGUAACUCACAAACGGUUAUGCCGUGAGGAGGCAGCCCUUCUAUGUGAGCAUCGCGCAUACAUGACAGAGAAAAUGGUUUUUAGGAAAUGGAAUGAAGUAGCUUUGACCGCAAGACGGGAACAGGAAGCGAUAGAAGAGAAGCUGGAGCAGGAGAUGACAGUAUGGUUGCUGCGAUUUGUGAGUUGUGGAUUGUGAGUUGUGAGGCAUGCUGCGUGCUUGUAUUUGUGUGGCUGGAUGGAGAAGCAAAUAAGAAAGAAAGAAAGGCGAGAUGGGUUUACUUUGCG